AUGCGGGAGGAAUUGAGCUUGUUGCAACAGAAUGUGCUGGAAAGAUACCAGAAACUGGCAGAAGUGCUGCAUUCGCUGGACAGUACCGUGAAGCAGUUCAACGACAGUUCCAGUGAAAAUGUGUCAUCUGAGGUUGUACUGCAACAGAUAAGGGAGAUCGAGGUCAAGAUAGGUCUAGUCGGUACUCUGCUGAAAGGAAGCGUGUAUUCUUUGGUGCUACAACGAAGGCAAGAGCUCGAACGUACGCUAAACAGCUGA